AUGGCCGCUGUCAACCAAGACACCCUCGACAUGUCCCUGUUCUUCGGAACACCCUCUCAAAAGCAAGACUUUUGCGACUCCCUCCUCCGCCUCCUCAAAAAGCGCGGUGGCGUAAAACUCAUCAACCACAGCAUUCCCUCCGAAGACAUCCACGAGCUCUUCCAUCAAACAAAGCGCUUCUUCUCCCUCCCCCUCGAAACAAAGAUGAUCGCCAAGCACCCUCCCCAAGCAAACCCCAACCGCGGCUACUCCUUCGUCGGCCAAGAAAACGUCGCCAACAUCAGCGGUUACGAAAAGGGUCUUGGACCCUUGACUACUCGCGAUAUCAAGGAGACUGUCGACUUUGGAUCUGCAACUGAUGAGCUUGUGGAUAACCUUUGGGUUCCUGAGCAGGAACUGCCCGGCUUUAGGAAGUUUAUGGAGGAGUUUUAUGAGAAGGCCUUCAAGACGGAGAUGCAGCUUCUUGAGGCUCUUGCUAUUGCUCUUGGCGUUUCGCCUGAGCAUCUCAAGUCUUUGCAUAACCGUGCAGAGAACGAGUUCCGUAUCCUGCACUACCCUGCCGUCCCCGCUUCAGAACUCGCUGACGGAAGCGCCACGCGUAUCGCUGAGCAUACCGACUUUGGCACCAUCACCAUGCUCUUCCAAGACUCAGUUGGCGGUCUCCAAGUCGAGGACCAAGAGAACCUCGGCACCUUUAACAACGUCGAGUCCGCCGCUCCCACCGAUAUCAUCCUCAACAUCGGUGACUCUUUGCAGCGAUUGACGAAUGAUACCUUCAAGGCUGCUUGUCACCGUGUGACGUAUCCUCCUUCUAUCAAGGCUGGUGAUGGCGAGCAGGUUAUUCCUGAGCGAUACUCUAUUGCUUACUUUGCUAAGCCUAACCGUAAUGCUUCGCUAUUUCCUCUUAAGGAGUUUAUUGAGGAGGGUGUGCCUUGCAAGUAUGAGGAUAUUACUGCUUGGGAUUGGAACAAUAAGCGAAUCGAGAAGUUAUUUUCUCCUGAGGCUAAGGCUUAG